AUGAGUGAGCUUCCACCUUUGCAUUACAACACUCAGGAGAACAAUGGCAUAGCGACCCGGUAUCACCGGUUGAGUGCCAUCGCCGAGCUGUCGGAUGCGUUAACUCGGGGUUUCUCUAUCGGUAUGAUGACCACUUCUGGACCUGCGCCCGCUGCCAAGACGCCGCAUUAUUUGUACAUAGAAAGCGUCCAAGUUCCAACAGACCUCACUGGCACUCCGCAAACUAAGAAGGACCCGAGCCAGGGGAUCGCUGCGGAUGACCCUAGAGCCAAACGACCCUGGCGAUUCCGCGCGAUGGACAUCUGUCGACUCCAGGCGCAAAACAUCUGCGGCGAUUCCUCAGCUCGCCCAGCGGAGUAUCUCCCAAGACUUUUCCAAGACGGCAAGAUGCGCCCAUACGAAGCAUUGGCAUCGCCAAGGAGAAAGCCAAGUUGCCGCGAACCGAGGUUUCUGCAGUGGUUUACGCAUCGUGGUUCUUGGAAGAAGUUUCGUUCCAGCGUCUACAACAUGAGAGUUCUGACGAACCAAGCUAUUCGCGUAGUUCCUGACUUAUUCACGGGCUGCCACAUCUGCCGCCACGCCGCCCGAAGAGCAAGAAAUGGAAUCCAGGACAUGGCUUGCGAUGGCCCAGCGCGGAGUCGCGCCGCACAAACGUUCCUGACGUCUCUUGGCACGCCUAACAAAUGGAGGGAAUUACACCAUGUCGAGUUGGCCAGCAUCCCUGAUGCAACAUCAAGCUCGCAACGCGUUGUGUACCCAAUCGCAGCGUCGGUUUUUGACCUGCCGAAAGAAGACCAGUGCCGGUCGGGAGUGUGCUCUUGCGCGAACGACAAGACACCGUACGGAAAAGCUGUUGGCCUGUUGGCAAACGCCGCGGCCGGCUGUGAUUUCGAGGGCUUAUCAUCGGCUCGUAAGCUGGCGCGAAAGCAUCAUGUUCCGCAGGGAGUUCCGCGCGCCGGCAAUCCUACCGGCGAACAUCUAUGUUGUGUGUAUCGUAUCCGAUGCAAGUCUGAUGUCCGUUUGAAAUCGAGAAGUGAAGUGCCCAUUAUCGGCGAGCGAUCUGGGAAGAAUAAGCGCAAAGAAAAAUCCGUGAGCGCAUGUCGAAUGCUGGUUAGGUGGUAUAGUGAAAAGGACGCGUUGCUUGAUCCAUCUAAUAAGCUGCCGAUGUUUGGCGCCAGUCUGGUUCGAGCAUGGAUGAUGGCCGUCAAAAAGUUCCUCCAGAAGCAGUGUUCUGCGUCCCUCCGCCCCCGCACACCUAGCUGA